UCUAUCUCGUACCUGCACGCAAUCUCCUACCCCACACCACCACAACCACCACCACCCCACUGUUCUUCACCAUCGCAACUCCAAAAAAAACCUCAACCUCAACCUCACCAAACAACCAUACAAUGACAUCCACAACACCCAAAACCGAAGGAGAAAGAGGAGGAGGAGGCUUCCUCCCACCCACCCUCCUCCCCAAACCGCGAACGCAUCCUCUGCGCGCAGGGUCCGCAAAAGAAGCAACAGUGAUUAAUCACAUCGAUACGACGUUACUGAGGAUUUCGCGCCGGCACGCAAAGAAAUUCAGUAGUGCUUAUUACAAGCCUGAUGAUGAUGAUGAUGCUGGAUUCAACUCUAAUGCGACGGGCUAUUCCCCGGAGUCGUUCGAAGCUCGGAGGGGAGGGAAUGAUGGAGGAGAAGGAGAGGUGCAGGGCUACGAAAGCUUCAAGGAAGUAGCGAGGGAUUUGGAGGGUUUGGUGGAUGUGCUUUGGGUUAGUGGGACGCGUAAGUACCCUUCUCUCUCCCAUUCAAUUCUUCCAUGUUCUUAGUUGGUUGUUGUUCCUGGGAGAGUGAGUGAGCGAAUGCUAAUAGAGAUGUAUGAUGUAUAUACUAGCAUCCCUCCAAAUCCCCUACCUCAUCUCCCUAGCCAUCCAGGUCAACUCCUACCUGCCCGAGUAUCCUUUCUCAGCGGCGCCUACGUUCCGCUUACUGCGGAAGUUGGAUGAGGUG